AUGGAACUGUUACCUGAUCAAAGGAGGGCUCGCAAGAAGAUGUAUCGAGAUCGAAAGAUGAAUAUAUUUAAGAAGGGGGAGGAGCUAUCCAUACUUUGUGGUAUUGAUGUCGCUGUGAUUCUGUUCCAACCAGCUGACAAGAGUACUACUGCUCAACCAGCUGCAGAGACUUGGCCUAAAGAUCCUACAGAAAUCAAGCGCAUUAUCCGCAGAUACAAGGCAAAGCCUACCUCCAGUCAUGCUUCAUCUUCUAGCACAAGCCCGCCGGUAAUCAAAGAUACUACUAGGACUCCAUCUUCAUCUCCAUGUCCAUGUCCAUGUCCAUCUCAAAAUCUACUAGGGAAGAGAAAUUACUUAAACUUGGAUUUGUCUUUGUCUGGUUUUUAUGACUCGCGAAUGAAAAUUUUAAAAGAGGACAAAGGUAAGAAGAAAGUGCGUGCUGAUAAUAAUGAGAAUAUAAAUUCCGAAGAGGCGAUGGGUAUGCAGUAUGAGUUUCAGACAAGAUGGAAUGCUGCUGGAAAAGAUGAAUUAUACAAAGACGACAACGAAUUGAGGAUUGGAUAUGAUGACCAUGAGGCAAAGCUUGCUUCACUGGAAGCUAAGCGAGAAGCUAUAACAAAGAGGAUUGCUUCAUUGGAGGCGAAUUAUGUUUAA